AUGGCAUCAACAGAAGAACAAUCAAAAGAUGAGCAAUUGGAAGCAAUUGGAGAAGAGUGUAAGAAUCUAAUUCUCUCACUUCCUAAAGAAUAUGGGUUUGGAAAUCAAUAUUUUUAUUUUUUUCAAGGUUUUUGGACUACAGCAGCACAAAUACAAUCUAUAAUCUCUUUUCAAAACCACUUUCAAGCUAAGGAUAGUGAUGUGGUUGUUGCCACUGUUCCAAAAUCAGGAACAACAUGGUUGAAAGCCCUAACCUUUGCCAUUAUUAAUCGCCAUCAUUUCUCUUCUUUACAUAAUCAUCCAUUGCUUACAUCUAAUCCUCAUGAAUUAGUUCCUUUCUUUGAGUUAAAUAUUUAUACUGACAUCUCUUGGCAAUUUGCUAAACUUGACCUAUUAAACAUGAUUGAACCAAGGAUUUUUGGAACUCACAUUCCUUUCCAUUCUCUAGCCAAGUCUAUUAAAGAGUCCAAUUGUAAGAUAAUUUACAUAUGUAGGAACCCAUUUGACACUUUUGUGUCUUAUUGGAAUUUCAUGAACAAAAUUGCAUUAAAUCAAUCUUUACCUACAUCAACUUUAGAGGAUGAUUUUGAAAAAUAUUGUGAGGGAUUAUGUCAUGUUGGUCCAUUUUGGGACCAUAUGUUGGGUUACUUGAAGGAGAGCAAAGCUAGACCAAACAAGAUUUUAUUCUUGAAAUAUGAAGAUCUUAAAGAAGAUAUAAAUUUUCAUGUUAAAAGAAUUGCAGAGUUUUUGGGUUGUCCUUUUACUCAAGAGGAAGAAAGUAAUGGUGUGAUUGAAAAUAUAAUCAAUUUAUGUAGCUUUGAAAAGAUGAAAGGAUUGGAAGCAAAUAAAUCUGGAGUCUUGGGAAAGAUUUAUGACAAAAAGUACUUCUUUCGAAAGGGAGAAAUAGGGGAUUGGAUUAAUUAUCUUUCUCCUUCAAUGGUAGAUAAGUUAUCCAAAAUCAUAGAAGAAAAAUUAAGUGGAUCUGGUAUUUCAUUUAAUGUAUGCCCAUAAUUAAUAUAACUAGUGGAAGUGAGUAAAUGUUUUAAUGGUGAGGUUAUUAUCUUAAAUAAGUUGCUAGAUGCAACAACUUUUUAUUUAGAAU